AGAUCGUCGCGAAGCAAGUGCGUUGGGUCGGAUGGUGAGCGAGUCGGCAACCCGAACGUAAAACUCUAGACAUCCCUGGACCCCAGCGUUCCGUCGCCGCCGCGUACAGACGUCCUGCAAUGUCGUGGGUGACACUAUCGCUCGUCCUGGCGGCCUCUCUAUCGGGGGCGGCGCGCGGGGCGACGCCGUGGGUGUCUGUGACGGUGUCGCCGCUGCUCACCACGACGCCCAAGCGCCAGCUGGUGGUGAGCUGGGCACACGCGCAGCCGCAGGCCGGCGACUGGCGCAGGCGGUCGCUGGCUGGGCUGGCGCUGGCGCGGGCGGAGGUGGCGCCGGCCGAGGCGGAGGGCCGCGCGCUGACGGGCGUGGAGGCCUCGCGCGACGCCGAGGAGGUCACCCAGUGCGCGGCCUACGUGCGCGCCGCCCACGCACACCCCACGGGCGAGGAGCGCGUGUUGGCGGUGGCGUGCGCGCGCAUGUACCCCGACUGGAUGGGUGACCUGGCGGCGUCCAUCGGCGGCCUGCGCCUCAAGGAGGUGCUGCUGCCGGGCACCCACGACUCGGGCGCCUACCGCCGCUACUCGCCGCUCGUGCCGCAGACCAUCGAGGAGGACAUCGGCACGCAGCUGCGGCUGGGCGUGCGCUACCUGGACAUUCGCGUCGGCCACUACCCGAGCACCAGCGCGCGCUGGUGGGUCAACCACGGGGUGGUGCGCCUGCACCCGCUGCAGGACGUGCUCGACGACGUCAAGGACUUCAUCCGCAACCACCCCAACGAGGACCUGUCGGUGCACCGCGCGCUGGUGGCGUUCCUAUCGGAGGAGCUGGCGGAGCUUGCGGCGCCCAAGUCGCUGGGGUGGGACGCGACGCUGGCGCGGGUGUGGGCGCAGCGCGGCCGCGUCGUCCUGGCCUACGACCGCGCCGACGUCAUCGCGUCGCUGCCCACGGCGCCGCUGUGGCCCGCGGUGCGCCAGCUCUGGGGCGACGUGCGCACGCUCGACGCCCUCCGGGACUACCUGCACCGCGUCAUCGGCAGC